AGCAGCACUAAGUGUCGUGCCGCGCCUGGGGAGGGAGGGCUUGGCAGCGGCGGUCCGCGCAGGGGGCUGCGCAGCAGACAAAACCUCAACCGCCUUAGGCUGCACUUUCGCCGGGCCCCGGGCGGCUUCGAGCGGGGAUUCGGCCAGCGGCGCGAGGGCCGCGUUGCGGGCGGUGCGUGAGGGGCGGCGGGCCACGGGAGCGGGCGUAGCGGAGAAGAAAGCCGGGGCCUGCUGGGCCGGGCCAAGACGAGCUGAGCAGGGUCCUUCCGGUGGCUGACGGCGCCUCUUCCUUGUUCUCCCUUCCCCUUGCUGGGGGCUGUUACCCCGCCCAGCGCCCCCUCCCUCGGCCUUAAUGUCCCAGAAAAAUGUCUGCUAUUACCAGAGAGUCUCAUAGCUAUAUUGUACUGGAAGAAAUGGAAGAAGUCUCUGAUGCAGUUCCCCAACAACCAUAAGCUAGGCCUUCCUUGCAGUUUUCCAUGUCUCAAUGGACUCCUGAAUGUAAUAUAGUCUAUACUACAAAAGCGGAUAUGAAGAGUGAAGUUCCCUCUGAUGCACCAAAGAGACAGGAGAGCCUGAAGGGGAUCCUCUUGAACCCUGAGCCCAUUGGGGCAGCCAUAAGUUUCCCUGCAGAAGUUGAGAUGAUUGCCAGUAAAGUAGGGAAUGAAUUCUCUCACUUGUGUGGUGACUCUCAAAAGCAGGACAUGAAUGGCAAUCAUCCAGAACAAGACAAAGGUAUUGGGGUGCGGAAAAAACGCAAGAGUCAGCAGGCUGGCCCUUCAUAUGCUCAAAACUGUGGUGGUAAAGAAAACCAGGGAAUUUUAGGAUUAAGACAACACCUAGAAACACAAAGUGAAGACAAUGAUUCUUCUUUUAGUGACUGUGUGUCUUCACCUUCAUCUAGCCUACAUUUUGGGGACUCUGAUACAAUCACAUCUGAUGAGGAAAAAGAAAGCCCUGUAAGACAUACUCAGGCAGUGUUGAGUACAAGUAGAACUCAUAGUGCAAGGUCACAAAAGUGGCCUCGUACUGAGACAGAAUCUGUACCCGGACUAUUAAUGAAAAGACCGUGUUUUCAUAGCAGUUCACUGAGAAGACUUCCAUAUAGAAAGAGGUUUGUGAAAACCAGUUCCUCACAGCGAACACAAAACCAAAAAGAACGAAUUUUAAUUCAGAGGAAAAAACGGGAGGUAUUGGCUCGAAGAAAGUAUGCUUUGCUACCCAGCUCUAGCAGUUCCAGUGAGAAUGACCUCAGCAGUGACUCUUCCUCAAAUUCUUCCACUGAAGGGGAGGAGGACUUAUUUGUAUCACCUGGUGACAACCACCAAAACAGUACAACUGUUCCCUCAGGAAGUAUUGAUGAAGAUGUUGUUGUGAUUGAAGCAUCCUCUACUCCCCAGGUCACUGCCAAUGAAGAAAUCAAUGUUACCUCAACAGACAGUGAAGUGGAAAUUGUAACAGUUGGAGAAAGCUACCGGUCUCGUUCGACACUCGGACACUCAAGAUCUCAUUGGAGCCAAAACUCUAGCACUCACGCUGCUCGAUCCCAAGAACAACGGAAUCGCAGCAGGAUUUCCACGGUCAUACAGCCACUGAGACAGAAUGCAGCGGAAGUGGUGGACCUCACAGUGGAUGAAGAUGAGCCCACAGUUGUGCCAACAACCUCAGUUAGAGUUGAAACCCAGGUUGUGAGUUCUACUUCUGGUAACAGUUCGAAUACAUCUACCUCAGAGCAGGCCUCUGAUGCUCCUCUAAGUGUCUCCAAUAGCCAGAUCUCUACAGCACCAGAGAUAUUGACUAAUCUUCCCAAUAGCAGCACUGCUGGGACUUCAGUGGGAGAUGAUGUAAGGAGAACUGCCUCUAGUACUGCACUGGAAACUGGUCCUCCUGCCAUGCCAAGGUUACCGUCAUGCUGCCCCCAGCAUUCUCCGUGUGGAGGAUCUUCACAGAAUCAUCAUGUAUUAGGACACCCUCACGCAAGUUGUUUCCAGCAGCAUGGCCACCAUUUCCAACACCACCAUCACCACCACCAUAAUCCCCACUCUACUGUCCCACUGUCUCCUUCAUUCAGUGACUCCAGUUGCCCUGUUGAAAGGCCUCCUCCAGUGCCAGCUCCUUGUGGAACAAGCAGCAGUACUGGCACCACCUAUCAUGAUCAGCAGGCACUGCCCGUAGACUUAAGCAACAAUGGUAUAAGAAGUCAUGGAAGUGGUGCUUUCCAUGGAGCAUCGGCAUUUGACCCUUGUUGUCCUGGUUCUUCAUCCCGAACUGCAAUUUAUGGGCACCAGGCUGGUGCUGGCCCAAGCCAACCAAUAGCAAUAGAUGGAUAUGGAACAAGCAUGGUUGCACAGCCCCAGCCCCAACCUCCUGCUCAGGCUUCGCUCUCAUCAUGUCGACAUUAUAUGCACUCUCCUUAUGCUACUUUGACGAGACCUCUCCAUCAAUCUUCUGCAUGCCCCCACUCCCAUGGAAAUCCUCCUCCUCAGCCACAGCCUCCACCUCAAGUAGAUUAUGUUAUCCCUCAUCCAGUGCAUCCUUUCCAUCCUUCCAUCUCCUCUCAUGCCUCUUCUCAUCCAGUUCCACCUCCACCUCCACCACCAACUCACCCGUUAGCCAGUGCAGCUGCUCCAAUUCCACAGCAUCUUCCACCUACACACCAGCCUAUUACCCAUCAUAUUCCUGCAACUGCACCUUCAGCGCAGAGGUUGCACCCUCAUGAAGUGAUCCAGAGGAUGGAGGUCCAGAGAAGAAGAAUGAUGCAACAUCCAACACGUGCACAUGAACGGCCUCCUCCGCAUCCUCACAGAAUGCAUCCCAACUAUGGUCACGGGCACCAUAUUCACGUGCCUCAGACAAUGUCCUCGCAUCCUCGACAAGCUCCGGAGAGGUCUGCCUGGGAACUGGGAAUCGAAGCUGGAGUGGCUGCAGCUACAUAUCCACCAGGCCCAUUGCACCCUCACUUGGCACACUACCAUGCACCGCCUCGACUUCAUCACUUGCAAAUAGGUGCUCUUCCUUUAAUGGUUCCAGACAUGGCGGGCUACCCUCACAUCCGUUACAUUUCAUCGGGAUUGGAUGGAACGUCAUUCAGAGGCCCUUUCAGGGGCAAUUUUGAGGAGCUGAUCCACUUGGAAGAGCGAUUAGGCAAUGUUAAUCGUGGAGCCUCCCAGGGAACUAUUGAAAGGUGCACGUAUCCACACAAAUACAAAAAGGCUUGUAAGAAAAAUUAUCUCCAAAUUGCUGCUAUUGUGAAAAUGACAGCCAGAUGUUGUACCUUUGUUAUGGACUUUUCUCCACUCCAGAUUUUGGUAACAACUGAUUGGUUCUCACAGAGGAAACUGCACUGCAAACAAGAUGGGGAAGAAGGAACAGAGGAAGACACAGAGGAAAAGUGUACCAUUUGUUUGUCUAUUUUAGAGGAAGGUGAAGAUGUCAGGCGUCUUCCAUGUAUGCACCUUUUCCACCAAGUGUGUGUAGAUCAGUGGUUGAUCACUAACAAGAAGUGCCCCAUCUGCAGAGUGGACAUUGAAGCUCAGCUGCCAAGUGAAAGUUGACACCAUUUUCCAGAACUUUUAUUCUCCUUUUCACUCCCUUCCAUCCUUCCUGGUACUGCAGUCUACCAAAGAUGGCAUGACUUACCUGCGCAGAUAUGGAAGCAUUGAUCCUAGAGUGCUGUCUCUGCUAUAUGGUACAACUAAUGCUAGACCUACAGUUUAUGUAGACAGUUGAGUUUCAAUGUAUUUAUAAAGCUUUUUUAGGUUUUACAUUUUUUUUCUUUUAAUUCGUUUUACUGUAUUUUGCAUGGUUCUUUGUAUUGCAUUUGUUUGCACAUAUUAUGGGCUUUGUGACCCCAAACUUGCAGGCAAGAUUAGCUGCUUUAGUAAGUAGAAUUGUGUGUUGUUCCCUUCCCUCCCAAACAUAGUAUCAGGCUUUGAGAAUAUAAUUUCACUUAUUACUAACCUUGGAUUUCUUAAUUUAAUCAAUCAUGUAUUUUAGUUUAAUGUACAAAGAUCAUCUAGAAAAGAAUAAUAUUGUAUAUUAAGACAUUCCUUAAUUAGGAAAAAAGGCUGCUGUAUAUUUACAAUAUCAGUUUUGAAUCAAAUACCAUCAUUAAUACUGGGAACAGUAUAUUCAGUCUGACUGAUACAGCUGGUGUACUCAUCACCAGAGUUUUGUCUGAUCAAAUUUUUGUUUUUCAACUCUCAGCACAAUACAGAUAUAUUUGAAUGUCAAUAUUAACAUUUAGACUGCUGUUCAGAUUGUAUUUAUCAUUUUCUUACAAUGUCUAGAAAUUUUAAUCCCUAACUUAAUAUUUGUUGCUGUGAAACAGCUUUAAUGAACACUAAAUAUUGAUUUCAGUUAGCUGGAUUGUAGAUACUUGCAGAUUGAAUGCAUUUUUAGGGAAACAAAAAUAUGUAGAAUUUUGUUCAGUCUUCUGCUAAGUACAUCAAAUUACCUGUGCACAUUGGUUAUGUAAAGCCUUUUGAUCAGGGCCUAGAAUUGGAAUUCUUAUGGCAGGAUCCAUGCAUUCUUAGAUGUUCUAAAGAUCCCAGAUCUCUCAUAGGAUUUUUUUAGUUGUAAAAUCAAUAGUCAGCUAAAUCCACCUGUCACUUGUUUUGUCACUGGUAACUUGAAAAUCUGUAAAUCUCUGUAGAAACUGACACAAAUUAUGUGAUUUACCUUGAUCAUAGAUUCCCGCUUUAUAAAUUACCAACAGUCCAUCACUGAUUGAAAAUAUUUUCUAUAGUUAAGAUUUGCUGCAUAAUAUAGUAUAUAGAAUUAAAUUAAUGUACUAACAUUUCUCCUUUGGAGGAAGUUUGAAUCCACUUUGGGACAAGUUCCAUAUCAAAAUACUUCAACAAACAGUAUAGUAUAGUUUAUUUAAAAUGUGUUUGAGAGGCUCAGGAACAUCAAGACAGUAGUACUGUCACAACCUGGGAGAGAUGUUCCUAUGGGAUCAUAUAUUAACAUGUCAAUAAGCUUGCUUUAAGCCACCUGCUUUGUAAGUGGAUUGAAUAAUAAAUACCUUCAGUUUCCCUUGUCUUGUCAUUCGUAAUCAGUUAAGUGUAAAACAGUUUACAGUAAAACACAAAUCAAAAUGUUUUGUUUACACUAAACAAAUUGUGUUCCAUUUAUAAGUGUGACCUUAUCUAAUUUGAUGCCUGUUUGGUUAAAAGCAGCUUCCCCUUUUUUUUAAAUCCUUUCAUGUCAGGAGUAGCAUUUUCCAAUUCAAUGUCCAUUGCUGGCAAUAGACUUAACACUUCUGGCACUAAGGCAUUAAGCAGGGAUAAGUUUUGUCCUAAUAGUUGCUUAAGAAGUUUAAAAUGGACAUUUUAAAGCCUACUUUUUGCAUUCUUUAAACUUAAUUUGAGACUUAAACCACUUUUGUGUUUGAUUUAGUGGAGUGGAAUGAAGGGGAUGAGAGAGAAAGGUAACAUGAUUUGGCUGCACCAAACUGUCAUGGUUUUAAAUGGAAGCUUCUUAGAAAAUGAGGCUAGAGCAACCUGUGUCUGGGUAUGAAAUUGAAGCUGUAGUGGAUAAAAUUAACUGGAAAGACCAAAUAGGAACUCUCUUCCAUUCUCCAAUGCAUAUGAAGAGAAAAGGAGAGGAGGUAGCUUUUAAAGGGUGCACCCCAAGUGAUGCUUGAAAGUGGGAGGAUACUCCUGUUUAAAGUUACGUCAUAGGUACUUAGACACACAGAAAUAACUGAGACCCAUGGUGCACAGUGAGUCAACUUUGGCAUGCCUUCCAGGAAUGAAGAAGCACAGAUGUUUAAAAAAAAAAAAAAAAAAAAAAA